AGUCUUAUUUCAAGCCAUAAAUUUAUUUUUCUUGCCUUUCCUGCCCAGACAAAGUCCUACACCUGUUUGCGUCAGCUGACUCUUACUGGGACGUAGCAAAGCAAUCAUUGAAGUUUGGUUCUGCAGGUCAACAUGUUUCGAAACGAUGGAGCUAAAAUGAGGGUGUGUGUGAUGCUGUUUGUUGUCUUGCUGUUGAAUGGAACUCUGAGUGAAUCUCAGAGAGAUGGCUCUGUCAUUAUUAGAGAUCCAGAUAUCAGUGCCUCCUGGUACACAGGCAGGGGGAUCAGACCCCUUGGGAGAUUUGGUCGAAAAGCUGCAAGAAGAAAUGAACUUCUGGCUUUCAUCACAGCGAGAGUUUAUAGACCAACAGCUGACAGUGGCGUUUGGAUCACACAAUGAGAACACUGUGGAUCAUUGAAUAGCUGCUAUGCUCUCAUUUUUUUAGGUUAAGUAAUGGAAUUGGUCUUAGAUUUAGGAGUUUUCUAACAUUACAUUCAGUUAUUUUCUGUAAAUUCUGUAUAAAUAAUUUGUGUUUUCUGCUCUACAAGCAUGGGGAUAAAAGAACAUAUGUAAGAAAAGCAACAUGUAAAGUUGAAAGUGUUACAAUUAAAGGAAUCCAUGAA